GCGCUUUCAGUUGCUACGGGCUACUCGUGAGCGGCGGUUCGUUUAUUUAAUUUUGCGCAUCUCCGGCACAGGAGCAACGUGAAAAGUCUGUUAAAAAAAUUGUGUCAGGAAAACUUGUUUAAAAAGUGUGCUCAAAUUUGUUGUUGAAUAAAUCACAAUGGUUGUUAAGCCUGAGUUAGAAGAGCUCGUCAUUGUUUUGGAGAAAUGGCUCAAAACACAGCCGCAUUUGCCACAGGCCAUAGAGAAGCCGGUACUCGUACGUUUCAUCUAUUCGAUGUUCGGCGAUGUGGAGGCCGCCCAACGUUUGAUUGAACUCAACUAUGCGCUGCGCAACAAGCAUCCGCACAUAUUUCUGCAACGCGAUCCCACAGACCAAGAGUCACAACAGCUGUUGCAAGUCGCUGACUUGUUGCCGUUGCCUGGACUAACGCCGGACAAAAAUAAGCUGUUGUUGUAUCGUCUGAUUGAUUAUGAGGCGGAUAAGUUCAAUUUCACCGCCAGCAUUAAAGUCUUCUUCAUGAUGGCCGACUUGCGUUUCGUAAUACCCGAUGAGGCGGGCAUGUGCGACGGCGAGGUGCCCAUUUUCGAUAUGGCCGGCUACAGUUUACGGCACGUGGCACGAACGGUCUUCAGCUCGUUGCGUGUGUAUAUGAAAUUCGUGCAGGAGGCUCAUCCAGUGCGUUUGAAGGCGAUACAUGUGCUCAAUUGCCCGUCUUAUCUGGACAAGGUGCUGACGGUGGUGAAGCCGUUCAUCAAGAGUGAGGUCUUUAAGCUGAUCCAUUUUCACCUGCCUAACGCCGACACGCCCUACAAACACUUUCCGCGUGAUAUGCUGCCCGCUGAGUAUGGCGGCAAGGCUGGUAGUGUUUCGGAGUUGAAAGAAAAAUGGGUAAAACUGCUGGCGGAGAAGAGGGACUAUUUAAUGAAUCCCGAUGCGUGGAAGAUUGAUAAAAGUAAGAAAGUAAAAGCUGCAACAACAGAAACCAAUCAAGGAACGGAGCAGGUUUGUGAGAGCCUGCGAACUUUGGAAUUCGACUAGAGAACACUCCGUUUAUUUGUAAAUAUGUAGAUAUGUAUGAAGCUUGGGAAUGUAAAUAUUUUAUAAUUUAAAUAAA